AUUAUUGUGCAUAAUAACGAGGGAAUAUGGAUGCAACCUUGCGGACAGAGUCUCCUGUCGGGACGCUUUGCCAGAAAACGCCAGAAGAGGAGAGCUCUCCAGCGUCAGAGAGCGGUGCCAAGUUACAGCAAUAUCCUCCACCCCAGAUUUCCAGUGGAUGGUCCAGCCUACAAUUAUUACAUCUGUCUCCUCAUCUCUGGGCAGCAAGCAAGCCAAUGAACCGCAAAGCUCUCACAAGGCAACACCCAAAGCAGGCGGGAGCAAAGGAAAAAAUGCUGCCAGAAAGGGGAAAACAGAGCAGCUGUCUCCAGAGGAGGAGGAGAAGAAGAGGAUAAGACGGGAAAGGAAUAAAAUGGCUGCAGCAAAGUGUCGCAACAGACGGAGGGAACUCACAGAUACGCUGCAGGCUGAGACAGACAAGCUGGAGGAGGAAAAAGCAGCCCUGGAAACAGAAAUAGCCAACCUGCUCAAAGAAAAAGAGCGGCUCGAAUUCAUCCUCACCACACAUAAACCAGUGUGCCAGAUCCAAGAGGAGCUUGAGACGAUUUUAGAGGCUUCUGCUAGUUCCCCAGAGUUGCCGCCCAGCUCAGAUGAGGAUCGCCUUCAGGAUGAAGGCAUCCAGGAAGCUCCAUCACUCCAGGACAUAGACAUCCCCAGUGAUCCGUCCACAGCAAUCUCUGGGAACUCCAAUAUCUUACUGUGCGCCAAUGCUGAAAUCAACAUCUCCGACCUUGAGCCCUCCCUGGACAUUAAGGAGGGGCUUCUAGACAAUAUGCUGCCUAGUUUGGAGGACAGAAUCCCCAUGGAAACGGCUCGAUCAGUUCCAGACAUAGAUUUGAGCAGCUCCCUCGGAGUCUCGGACUGGGAGACCUUGUAUAAGUCUGUUUCCUGUGACCUGGAGCCUCUCAGCACUCCGGUGGUGACUUCCACCCCCACCUGCAGUAGUUACCUUUCCGUGUUCACAUUUGCAUGUCCUGAGCUGGACUCUCUUACAGAGGAGGGCCUAGACGGCCUUAAAGGUGGUUUGAGUAAGGCUGAAUCUCUCGAUAUCCUUAACUCUCCAACUCUCCUCGCCUUAUAACUCAAAGAGGGAAAUGAUAUCCCUGAUCUCUCUGGUUUUUCUCUAGGUACUUGACAAAAAAGAAAUCAACAACAUAUGCCCAAAUAUGCUGUAACUGUUCAAGGAAUAGCUAUAAAAUGAAUUGUCUUGUGUUUGACUAAGCAUAUAAACUUUGUUCUGAUAGCCAACAGAGUGAUGUAGCCAAAAGCAUGGCUGUUAAUUCAGCACGAGGGACUGACGUUUUGAUUUUAAAACGCAUGCAGAGAAAAUUGAAAUCAUUUUCGAAGCUAAUCAAUAAGUAUUCAUGAUCUGUUAAUAGGUCUAAAGUGUACUGUGCAAUUUGAUGUAUCUCUAUGGUGUUUUUGUGCCAAAAAUGUAUUGAUUGCUGUAUUUAAAUAUUCAUCCAUACCUCAGUGUCAUCAGCUGUGCUUUGACCUCAUUGUUGAAAUGUUGAAGGUUUUCCAUGAAAACAUCCAGUGCUAUACACUAUAUAUCUUAUUGAGAUGUAACUUUUAUUUAUUUUUUUACCUUUAAGAUUUUGACUUGUUAACAUUUUAAAAAAGAGAGCAUUGAUUGUUAAUCUAUGCUGCUGCCUAAUAACAAUAAAUCUAUGUUCCCAAUA